AUGGGGUCCGGCCGUCGAGCGGUGCUCCCUGCGGGGUCGCGGGUGGCAUGCCUCGCGUCCUGGGACAACCUCUACCAUGCUGGAGAGGUGGUAACCACCAGACGUGCUGCCGAUAGGGAUGGCAAAGAGGCUGGCUCGACACCAGGUUUAGAAGCAACUGGUUCGGGAGCAGCAGGAGCGGCGCUGGCGAACAAAGGAGUUGAGUUUGUGGAUGCUUCUUCAGUGGAGUACUAUAUACACUACGUAGAAUACAACAAGCGGCUGGACGAGUGGGUGGGGGAGAGCCGAGUGGAGCCAUGGACCACCAUGGAUGCCCAUGAGGAUGAGCAUGACCAUGACCAUGGGCUUGGACUUGUGCAUGAGCAUGGGCAUGACCAUCACCAUCAUUAUGACCUAAAGCAUGGGCAUGAUUUCAAUCAUAAUUAUGACUUGAAGCAUGACCUCCAUGUGCAUGACCAUUCUCGUGAGCAUGCGAAUCACCACAACCCCAAGAAGCAGCAUGACGAUCUUAUCCAAAGCCACGAUCAAGGGUAUGCUGAUUUGGACGCCAAGAGGCGGGCUGAGCUGGCUGCUGGCGUGGACACAGAGGCCCACUCCCCAGCUGCAGAUGGGCCAAAGAGGAGACGUCUAGAUGCGUCUGACACUGCUGCUGAUCCAAGCUUGCAAGCAGGGACACUCCAGCCGCCUCAAAAGCUUGACACUGGGGUAGCUGCAGGGGUGAAAGAAGAACCUGGCUCUGCUUCUGCUGCUGGUGUUGGUGUAGGAGUGGGAAGUGGGAGAGCGAACGUAGAUAGAGCAGCGCACAUGGGAGGGGAAGGAGAGGCGAAGGAGGCGGGUGGUGAGGCAGAUCGGGAGGCGGGUGGGGAUGCUGCGGCGUGGGAGCGGCAGAUGCGAGUGAAGAAUGUCGAGACGGUGGAGAUGGGUGACCAUGAGAUUGACACCUGGUACUUCUCCCCAUACCCACCGCAUCUCACCAGCACGGGUCGUCUCUUCAUCUGUGACGCCUGUCUCAAGUACUCCAGCACUCCAGCAGCUUACGAGCGGCACCUGGCGCCUAAACUAUACGUGCUUCCUGCCAUGCCUUUCCCUGCAGCAGACGCAUGUGAGGGGGGCGAAGGCAUUCAAGAUUGCAAACCGAUGGCAGGAAGGGAAGGCGGGAGGGGUAGAGAUGGGCGUGGGGAAGGUUCAGAGGCAUGUGGAGGUGUGGUUGCUGCUGCUGGGGAGGCUGUUGCUGGUGGUAUUGCUCGGGUGGAUGGCAAUUUGGCUGCUUCUGCAGCAGCUGCUGCUGUGGCAGCUGCGGCAGCAGCAGGAUAUGCAGCAGAUGUGGGUGUGGGGAAGUGGGGAGGGGGAAGAGGAGGGGGAGGAGGGGGGAGAAGAGAGGGGAGUGAGACAGGGACUGCAGCGACAGGCACAGAAACUGCUGCUGCAGCAGAGGCGUUUGCAGGGCUGCAGACAAGCAGUGUGCGAAAGGAGGGAGAGGGAGGGAAGGGAGAGCAUGUGACGGGAGAGGGUGUGAAGGGAGAGGGUAUGACGGGAGAAGAUGGGAGGGAAGGAAGUGGGAAUGAAGGAAGUGGGAAGGGAGGGGGUGUGGAGGGAGCAUGUGGUGAGGGAGGAAAGGCCAAGAGUGAGGCGCAGGGGCAGGAUUGGGAGGCGUCAGUUGGAGGGAGAAAUGGGUUUGAUGCGGAUCCGGAGGGUGCAGAGAGGCGGGGUGAUGGAGGAAAAGAGGAAGCAGAGCUUGGAAAGGGAGAAGGAGGAGGAGGAAAGGAAGCUGGGGGAAGUGUUGGUGGCGCCAUGCUGCAUGUGUUCAAGGUGGACCCAGCCCAUGCGAAGCUGUACUGCCAGGUGAGUCAAGUGUGGGUGGUGUGCGGGGAGGGGAGUUCACAAGGGGAAGAGAUGGUGGAUUCAAGAUUGAUCCAGAUCGUGCAAAGCUGUACUGUGCCUGUCCCUGUUGGAAAAGCUCUUUCUGGAGCACAAGCCGCGGGUUGCCUGUCUCUCCUGGUCCCUUCUUUCCCAUUCCCCUUUUCCUUCCCUUUUUCCAUCCUCGUCCCCCGACCGCAGGAGUCUUCCCCUCCCGAAUCUCCACCACCCAAACGUGACUCUCCAGCAGCAAACGCCGUUACGGCUGAUUCACAGCAGCUGAAAGGGCUCAAAGCGGAGGUCGAGGUAGCUCCCAAGGCGCCUGAAAAGCCGUGUGAUUCCAAGCGUGAAAUGGCCGGUCCACACAGAAUGCAGGUUGAGGUGACUCGUGAGACACAUGAGAAGCCGGAUGAACCACACAGGCCCAAGGUAGAGGCCCUGGCGAUUCCGCAGGCACCUCAAGAGCCGGUUGAUUCCCUCAGGAUGGAGGAGACGGGCACAGCAGGAGCAGCCAACCCAGCAGGGGACAUGGGAGGAGGUUCGGCGGCGUUGCCACGUGGGUCGCCCCACAGAGACGUGGUUUUGGCCGAUGGCUCCUCUCAAUCGCCUUCCCCUUCUCUCCCACUCACUUUGCUUUACCUCCCCACUUCCUUUCCUUCCCACUCGUCUGCCUUCCCUCCACCUCCUCUCCACAUUCCCCCCACCUCCCGCCCACCUCCCCUCACACCUUCCCUCACACCUCCUCUCACACCUCCCCUCACCAAUUCCCUCGCACCUCCCCCCCCACCUCCCCCCACUUCCCCUCACACCUCCCCUCACACCUCCCCUCACACCUCCCCUCACACUUUCCCUCCACCUCCACUCCUCCCCCACUUCCUUUCAGGUGGCCUUCAGAAGCUACUGGCGCUGGCAGCUGCUGCUCUCUCUCAAGAAGCUUCAAGGAAGCUGCACCGUCGAUGUAGGGCCUCAUAUCUUACCCAUUGUCCUUCUCCCCCCUCCCUCCUCCCCCACGUGUCCACUCUCCCCAAUUGUCCACUCUCCCCACGUGUCCACUCCCCCCAAUUGUCCGCUCUCCCCACUUGCUCGCUCCUGCCUGCCUUCGUCUGUCCCCCCCACCGUCCUCCAUCGGAGUCUAUCCAAGAGCACGGCAAUCCAACCAGAGGACAUCCGUAG